AUGUCGAUAACCAUUUCGGAAUUCUAUCAGACUUCGUUAAUUUUCUGGAGUAACCUUAUCGCCAUAUUACUGCAGUUUAUAAAGACAACGUAUUGGAGACACACAUCACAGAGUCACAAAAAGCCACAAACCGAAAAGAUGGACAAUUUGGAAUACUGCAAUAUGGUUUCCAGGACCAUGGAAACUUUCGUCGAGGAGGAGCAGAAGAGGGUCCAGCGGAAGGCCCAGGAAUACGCCAAAGUGGAGCUACUUCAUCGCCUGCUGGUCCAGCAACAAUUGCAGGAUUUACAGCGAAGAAGACUUCUGAGAUUGGCGGUGGCUCGAAGGCGUCUUGACUACUCUAAUUAG